UUCCCUCCGCCGCGACCCCGGCCCCGGGGCCCGCUCGCGCUCCCGCCCGAGGCCGCCUCCCGCCUCCCGCCGCCGCCGCCCCGGCCUGACCUGACCGGGAAGCAGUUCCGCGGGCCGCCGCCGCCGUGACUCAUCGGCCCGCCCGCCCGCGUCCCCCGAUCGGGCCAUCUUGGUCGCGGCCGGCGCGGCAGACGGAGCCGCGGAGGGAGCCGCGGAGGGAGCCGCGGAGAGCCAGGUACGCGCGCCGCCGGCCCGGGCCCGCGCCGCCGCAGGUGCAGCCGCCCUUUGUUCUGCGCCAGGAGCAGCCCAGCCCCCGGUGCAGCCCGCCCUGGGCCCGUGGGGUUUGCGAUAAAGGAGCCGCCCCCGGCCCCCGGAAUCGGCGUCCCGCGGGGCCUGCACCCCCGGCGGGCCCCGGCCGCCCCCGUCCGCCCCGCCCCGCCCCGCCCGUGUGGUUGGGUCUUCCUGGCCUCUCCCUGGUUGCAGCAGGGGUCUCCCCACUUCCAGCAGCCCAGGUGCUCCGGUUCCCCGUGACCCCUCGCGCCCUCCAGCCCCGGCCUUUGGCCGACCUCCCGCCACCAUGGUGCAACCCCAGACCUCAAAAGCCGAAAGCCCGGCCCCCGCAGCGUCCACCAAUGCCCAGAUGGAUGACGUCAUCGACACCCUGACCUCCCUGCGCCUCACCAACUCGGCGCUCCGGCGGGAGGCCUCCACCCUGCGGGCGGAGAAGGCCAACCUCACCAACAUGCUGGAGAGCGUGAUGGCAGAGCUGACCCUGCUGCGCACCAGGGCCCGCAUCCCCGGGGCGCUGCAGAUCACCCCGCCCAUCUCAGCCAUCACCUCCAACGGGACCCGACCCAUGACCACGCCCCCGACCUCUCUGCCCGAGCCCUUCUCCGGAGACCCCGGCCAGCUGGCGGGGUUCUUGAUGCAGAUGGACAGGUUCAUGAUCUUCCAGGCCUCGCGCUUCCCCGGGGAGGCCGAGCGAGUGGCGUUCCUCGUGUCCCGGCUGACUGGGGAGGCAGAGAAGUGGGCGAUCCCCCACAUGCAGCCCGACAGCCCCUUGCGAAACGACUAUCAGGGCUUCCUGGCCGAGUUGCGAAGAACCUACAAGUCUCCCCUGCGGCAUGCGCGGCGCGCCCAAAUCCGGAAGACUUGUGCCUCCAAUCGGGCGGUGCGCGAGCGGCAGAUGCUGUGCCGCCAGCUGGCUGCCACGGGCUCGGGGCCCUGCCCGGUGCAUCCAGCCUCCAACGGGACCAGUCCGGCGCCGGCUCUGCCCACCCGAGCUCGGGACCUCUAAGAAUCGCCCACCGGCCGGGUCGCCUCUGCAGCCACGCAGACAGCAUCCACCCUUUGCUACAUAGAAGAAAUAUCCAUACGACAGCAUCUCCCCUGUCUGAAGACAUUCCCUCCUGCCUCUCCAGACCUGUUCCAUAAGGAGAUCGUCCUUCAUCACCCUUGGGCUCCCUGUCACCCACCUGGCUUCCCAGUCGUCUGUGCUAGCUUUGUACCUACAGUGCAUGUGUCCCUCUCCUGCUUGCAGCCCCAGCUCUCCUGGUGACCGCCACUCUGCCACUCGGUCACGGUGACUCCACAGCCCGUUGCAGACCACUUGGGCUGAACUCUCCCAGCCUGACUAGGUUCACAGACCUUCUUCCUCCACUCUGUGCAGGCACGCGCACCCCCCCCCCCCGUGGCAGCUCCCCUCUGACGAUAAGAGGGGAGCCACUUAGGCCAGGCUGGUCGCUUGUUUGGGGGACCUGGGGAGGGGAGUCUGGCUUUGCACUGUAGGUGACCACCAGCCCUGCCAGGCCUGGAUAUAGCAGACCGGCAGGGCCUCGACCGUGCUGCCGUGGCCAGGUGUUCACUGCUGGGAGGGUAGUAUCAGCACUUCCGGCAGGAAGGCUUCGCUCUGCACAUGAACACAGUCAGUAUGUCCCGUUGUUGCCCCUGGGAAAGACCGCAAAUGCCACUUGAUGGAGAAGCCCCCAGAGGAUGCACCUCCAGGAAUGCUGAGCUUUAGUUGCCAGUGUUCUGAUAGUGCUGGGCAUCCUGGGAAUCUGGAACUUGCCUGCCACAGGAGGUCAUUGUGACUUUGGAUCACUGCACGGUUCCAUCGAGCCACCACAGGGAGCAAGUUCAUGUACAUCUCUGCCUGAGGCCUGCAGCGGGUUAAGGGGAAGGCACCAGUGGUUCACUCUGCUCCCCUGGGCCCCCCAGUGGGAACCACCACCAGCUGGUGUGUGCCAUCCAUCACCCCCUCCUCUUUGCCCCAUAUCACUUGGCGAUAAGCCUGUCUAGCUUGAGACCUGUUCCCAUCUCCAUUCAGGUGAUAUCUGGCUUUCACCUUAGCCCCUUCAGGCACCUACACCACCUCCGGGUCUCCAGAGCCCCACGUAGCAUGCCCUCCCCAUGCCUGGGCUGUCCCAUCACGUGUCCAGCCUUGGUCUAAGAAAACACAGACUCCUAGUUGGAGACCCAAAUCCUCUGGGAUGCAUCAUGAAGCACUUACGGAAGGCGUAUUUCCCGAUGGUCAAUGGGCCUUGGUGGCAUUUGUAAAGGAAAGAGCUGCAGUCUACCUUGGUCCCAAUGUGGAGACAGGACACAACUGGCACUUGGGUCCUAAUUCUGAGGGACAGGGCUGUACCUCUUAUGGUGGAUGGCCUUUUGGUUCGUCACAGGGGAUGCUCAGAAAUCACUUUCUAAAUGAGACUUGGCCAAGCCCUUUGGACCGCAAUGCUCUCGCCAUAUUUAAUGUCAAACGAACUGCAUUUAUGUGAUGGCCUGGACCACGGGGGAAGAUAGGGUGUCUCACCUUGGGUCCAUCUACCCUGUCUGAAUGGUCCUGGCUUGAUCGCAGAAGGAUAACCUCUGUACCCACCUGAAGACCUGUGUCUUGGGAUACCCAGAGGUUGGGUCCUAGGGUCCUUUCUUCGUAAGAGUUUUGAUGAUGCUGGGGAAGGUGACUGCGUUCUCGAAGCGGCCACUGCCUUGCAAGGUCAAGGAUAUUCAGUGGUUGCUGGGGUUCGUGGGCCACUGCCACCCACUCAUUGUAAACUCUGUUAGCCCAAUUGCCCUGCUGAACAACUGCCUGACUACAGGCUUCAGGCCCCCCUGGAUUCCAGCCACGGCUGUUCAGGUGGGACCAUGGUGCUCAUUAAGCAUGAAUGGGGGGGGGGAGGACACACAUUGG